AACUCCAUUUGACGUGAUUUUGACCGAAGUCAUAACCCUACUUUCACUUGCUUUUACUUAUAGGCCGAAGCGAUAGGUUAGCUUGUUAUUCUCGACUAUAAAUAUAUCGCAACAUCUGCAGGAGAGCGGUAGUGGAUUUAUUUGACAAAUGAGUGCACCUAAGAGAACAAGUAACUUUAGCAGGGAAGAAGAAUCCCUUUUAAUUAGACUGGUGAAUAAAUAUAAAGAUGUUAUUGAAUGUCGUAAAACGGAUGCAGUAACAAACUCUUCAAAAGCAAAGACAUGGAAUAUGAUUGCAAAAGAGUUUAACAGUGGAGCGGUGACCUACAGGGAUAGUAAAACAUUGAAGAAUAAAUACGACAAUAUCAAAAAAAGGUCAAAGAAGAAGUUCUCACAGGAGAAGUGUUCCCUGUUUGCUACAGGAGGAGGUGCCUCAAAAACAGUUCAUUUCACUGAUAUUGAUGAACAAGUCAAAGACAUUUUAGGUGUCCGAAUAGAAGGACACCCUUCAAAGUAUGAUGAUGACAUGAUUGUCUGUGACAUACCUGAGAAUGCUACAUGCAGGGACUUUUUCAGGCAUUUUUAUUAAUUCUUUAAAAUGGAC